GUCAAGGUCGACAAAAGUUCUUCAAGGUCGACAAAAAUCCGUCAAGGUCGACAAAAAUCCGUCAAGGUCGACAAAAAUCCGUCAAGGUCGACAAAAAUCCGUCAAGGUCGACAAAAAUCCGAGGCGUCGUUCUUUGCCAUCUCCGUUUGACAGGAAAGUCGGCAUAAUGGUCAACAUUAUAACCGCCGCGAAAACAGCCAUAACGGCCUAUGCAUCUGCCGUCUCCCUGGCUGGUAAUUCAUCGAAUCCCUAUUCUAUUGCAGCGGCAGCUAUGGCAGAGCUCUACCACGCCAAUUUUACGAGCUUCACGCUCGGCAGUACUACUGUCUUCCCCGAUAAGACGUUUGCGACGACAGCAAUUGAGAGGAACCUGGUGAAGUACAAUCAAAGCGGCCUAGGAACGGAUUUCCGGUACGAGAGGAGCCGGAUCGAAGCCGUCGGCAGGGGAAGUGCUGUGGUUUGGAUCACUUGGAGAAUCGUGCCCGCACAACCGGAGUCUGGAGAGGGCGGAAAGGGGAAGACGAACAGUUACGGAAAGGGGUGGAUGUUCACGGAUGUUUAUGGAUUCAGGACGUCAGCCGACGGACAGAUUGGGGCUUGGGAAUGGUCUAACGCUGAUGUCGAGUAUGAAAAGCUGCUGGAGAAUUAUCCCCAGUUUUUUUAUUGACAACCGAGGGGUAUAUAAUACCGCCUGCAAUGUCUUUAUAAGACACUUUCUGCUCUCUAGCCAAGGCUAUAGCACUCGGGCAGUUUGAUUCCCUGACUCACAUUCUACCUCGAUACAGCUAAAUCGUAGAGGGCCGAACAGCUAGAUCAGCUGGACACGUAGCUGCCAGAGUACGUGCAGGCAAGAGCCCAGAGCAACC